CUGAAAACGUCUAUGCUGGGUGCAAACGUUUCUCCUCUUGUAGUGUUUCUCCUGUUUGUGGUGGAAAUACAUUGACCUCAGUGUUUGCGCGCGGGGUGAGGGUGAACGUUGACGAGGCCGUGGAAACGUAGGAGGAGGAGAUGUUUUGCCGCAGUUCAUGGGCGAGGUGACCAACUUCACGGCAGCGGUGGGGAAAUCUGCCCAGCUGUCCUGCCGCGUCCAGAACCUGACCCUCUUCAAGCUGGCGUGGUUUCACAUGGAUCGUAAGAUGUUGCUGACGAUCGACAAGAUGGUGGUGACUCGCAUCCCACGUUUUCGAGUUAUGCAGGAGGAUGCCAACACGUGGACGCUUUAUAUCGACGCGGUAUCCAGGGAGGACCGCGGCCAAUACAUGUGCCAGGUCAACACCGAGCCCAUGGUCAGCCAAGUCGGGUACCUGGAUGUUGUAGUCCCGCCGGAGAUCGUGGACGAACUGAGCAGCGGGUCGAGCGUUGUGGUGCAGGAGAACGGGAACGUGACGCUAACUUGCCACGCUGAAGGGAACCCCAAGCCGCGGAUCUCCUGGGUGAGGGAGGACCAGCGCGCCAUUACCAUCAACAAGCGCAGCAAAGUAGUGAAGCACGAGGAGCCAACUCUACGUCUACAGAAGGUGUCUCGCAGGGACAUGGGCGCCUACCUCUGUAUCGCGUCCAACGGGGUGCCGCCUACAGUCUCCAAGCGGAUCGAGCUCAAAGUUCAGUUCUCCCCCAUCGUGCUGCUCCCCAACCAGCUCAUGUCGGCCCCGCUUCGCUCGUCGGUGUGGCUGGAAUGCAAGACGGAGGCCUACCCACGUGCGGUCACCUUCUGGAAGCACAAUCACACGAUGGUCAUGUCCACCAAUAAGUAUAAGCUGGAGGAAUUUCACCAUGACGAUUACACCACCACCGUCAGGCUCACCAUCAAGGAGCUGCAACCCGGGGACUUCGGCAAGUACCUGUGUUAUUCACGGAACUCCUUUGGCGAGAACGAUGGCACGGUUGAACUGCACGAACUCAAAAUGACGCAGACCACCACCAACAGGAUGAAAACCGUGAAUAACCACGAACAGGCGAACUCCAUCGACACCUACCAAAAGGGCGAACACGGAGGAAGGGGCCAAAACCAGGUGAUCUUCGACCCCAGUGAGGGCGGCGGGGGCGUGGCGACAGGCAGGAAGGCGAACCACGAGCUGGGGCAACGGCCGGAGCUGGGGAGGGGCCUGGGGGGCGGAGGAGGGGGAGGAGGAGGAGGAGGGGGAGGUCUUGGAGCGGCAGGAGGAGACCAUCAGACGAGUCAGCUUGGUCGCGGAUCAUCUGUUAAGAAUAUCAUCUCCAGCAUGAUGCCCGGGAACACAGGCAUCAGCAGGACCCCCCCAACCUUGCCCUCGCUCCUACUCAGCGUCCUGGGGGUUCUGCUGCUCACCCAGGCCGCGAGAUGAAGGACUCAGCCGCCUGCUUCUCACCUGGACGCCCCCCUCCCACCCCCCAGCAGGCAGAGGACCUCCCCCCCACACCCCCUUUAUAAGUAGUAGGGAAGAAGCUGGUUGUUCUAUCGCCCCUCCGUACCUUAGCUUUUUAUGAGAGAA